AUGUUAUCAAUUCCUGAAAUAGCUACACAGUUAAUUGAUAAAACACUUACAAAUGUGAACGAAUUUAAUUCGCGAACAAUCUUUCUUGUUGGAAGCAAAUCUGUUGGAAAAACAACGUUAUUGUAUUCUUUUUUGGAAAAGAACGACCAGCCGCGAGAGACACUUGUAGUGGAAUACUCUUUUGGGAGGAAAUCGAAUCAAAAACAAGGAAUUGACAAAAUCUUGUGUCACAUUUGGGAGUACGGUGGUAAAUUAGAAACUUUGAAUAAUGUGUUGCAAUCAAUACCUAUAUGCGGGAAGUUCUUCUUUUGCAUUAUGAUUGAUCUAAGUAAAAUCAAAAAUAUAUGGGAAACUUUAGAGACCUGUACUCAAGUAAUGAAUGACGUCUAUUCGACAAUUAAUAAUUCACCUGAAUUAAUAAUAAUUUGUGGAAAAUAUGAUCUUUUUAAGAAUUAUGACAGUGAAAUUAAGAAAUUUAUUUGCACGACUCUAAGAAGUUUCGCAUUGCUUAAUCAUGCGCACUUGAUAUUUUAUUCAUCUAAAGAAGCACAACUUCUAAGACGCGCUAAAGAUAUGUUGUUUAACAUAGGUUUCGGAAACUGUAUUCCUAUGAAAGAAAAGAAUACUAAUUACACAAAACCUUUAUUUAUUCCAAAAGAUUCCGAUAAUUGGGAAAGUAUAGGUAUUCCGACUUCUACGAUAGAUCAAGUGAAGGUUAGACACAUGUCCAGAAUACCGCCUAAUGCAGUAAGUAGUAACUCGCCUACAGUGAUGUCGUCACAAAUGCAUGGUUAUCCCGAAGCAACGUUGGAUUCAGUUGUGGCUUUUAAAUACAAUGAACUUCGUAAUAUGGAAUCAUUGGACAUUCCUAUAGAUUAUUUAUUAUCUUUGAGUACAUAA